AUGUUACGUCUUGAAAUGAGUAAAACCGCACUCCAAUCUCUCAAAAAAUCGCCUGUUUUUUGUUAUGAAUCCAGUGCGAUUUGGUUUGUCAAACAUUUUACACCAGAUACAUUUGAUUUUGCAAAUCGUGUCAUGCCAGUCAUUCAAAUUACCGAUAAUGUCAAAAUUCUUCGUUUCCCAAAUUUUCUAUAUGACUUUUCAAUUAAUAUUUUUGACGUAAAACUCCUUCCAGAUAUCCUCCCAAAAAUAACAUCUUUUUACUUUGGUGGUAGUAACAUUUUUCCGAUCAAUUUUCGGCCAAAAUUAAUUGAUAAUCUUAUAGAUAAUUCACAGCACUUUGUACACCUCAAAAAACUCGAAGGUGACAUUGAAAUUAUCACAAAUUUUAUCAAAAGAUACACUGAAAAUGGACUUAAAAAAGAAGGACCUUUAAAACAAAUUGUUCUUUGGAGUCAUAAAGAUCAGUAUAUCAAAUUAUCAAAAGAAACCUUUGGAUUUCUUUUCGAUAUACAAAAAUGUCUUGUUCCAAACAAAACCAAUGUCUAUGUCAUUUGCGACUUUUUUGAAGAAAAUUUGUGUUUUGAUGAUUUUAAAGAUUUGGUCAAAAAGUUUAAAAAUUUUAAAUUCUAUUUUAAAGUCAUUUACGAUGACAAAAAUCCAUUUUUCAAUACCAACAAUGUUUUCAUAGAAAAUGGAAUAAUUGCAUUUCGAGGACAAGUGUGUUCUCAAACAAUGACAAAAAUUGUUGAAAAAAGUGCUGCGACAAAAGUUAUUCAUGUCAGUUUUGUGCCAUCUCCAACUUCUUGGAAAUUGCCGCCAAAUGUUACUGAAUAUAUUCUCACCCAAUCAGAUUAUGUGAAGAAAACGUUUUUUGAUUUUACAGACGACGUAAGUAAUGUAAUACGAAUGAAAAUUGACAACUCAAGAGGUGUUGAUUUUAGUAACAAUUUCAACAAGUUGGAAGUCCUUAUAAUUGAGAAAUCGAGUCGAAUUACAUUUUAUGAAGAAUGCACUUUCCCAAAUUUGGUUGAGCUGUAUAUUAAAUGGGAUACACUAUUG